GGCUGAGCAACAUCAGGAGCAGGGGGAUGGACAGAGAACAACAGCAGCUUCUGGCUGACAGACAGUGGAACAGCAGCGACCGUACUGCAGCGCUACAGGUGCACACGCGGCCGUGUCCUUCACAAGAACACAAGGUCUCUGCAGACAGAAGCCAUACUGAAAUCCUCGUUAGCCGAAAACCAUAGAGGAAGUGACAGGGAGGAAGGAUGGACUCUAUCUCUAUGAUGGGUGGAAGCAGGAGCCACAUGUUCCUCACAGCCUCCUCCUCUCAACACGUCCAUCAAGCCCAGGCCUGUUUCCUGCCCAACGGCAUUAAGAAUGGAGUUGGAGAUACUGGCACCACUUGUGUUUCUACCCAGCCUACAGUGGCCAUCCUGGGCUCAGGUGACUUCUCCAAGAGCCUUACCAUCCGCCUGCUGUGCAGGGGUUUCCAUGUGGUUGUGGGCAGUCGCCAUCCCAAACUGGCAGCCCAGUCAUUUCCCCAUGUGGUGGACGUGACGCACCAUGAAGACGCUGUGGGGAAGGCCAGUGUCGUGUUCCUGGCAAUCCGCCGAGAGCAUUACGCUGUCCUGUGGGACCUCAAACAUCUACUGGAAGGAAAGUACCUGGUGGAUGUGAGUAAUAACAGGAGGGUGAACCAGUAUCCAGAGUCGAACGCUGAAUAUCUGGCUUCACUGCUGCCGGACUCUAUAGUGGUCAAAGGCUUCAACGUCAUCUCAGCAUGGGCCAUGCAGCAGAGCUGCCCCAAAGAUGCCAGCACACAGGUAUUCAUCUGCAGUGACUCAGUGGAGGCACGACGGCAAAUUAUGGAGUUAGCCCGCCAGCUCAACUUCCAGCCCGUGGAUAUGGGCGCAUUGUCUUCUUCAAGGGACAUUGAGAACAUGCCCAUACAAUUAUUUCCUGGUUGGAGGGGCCCAGUCCUAGCUGCUGUGGCCCUCUCUAUCUUCUUUUUUGCCUACUCUUUUGUACGAGAUAUUAUCCACCCAUAUGUGAAAUACAAGCAAAGUGACUUUUACAAGAUCCCCAUUGAGAUAGUCAAUCGGACACUGCCCACUGUGGCUAUCACUCUUUUGGCCCUUGUGUACCUGGCUGGCCAGCUGGCUGCUGCCCACCAGCUCUAUUAUGGUACUAAGUACAGACAUUUCCCACAUUGGCUGGAGGGGUGGCUGCAGAGCCGAAAACAGAUGGGCCUACUCAGCUUCUUUCUGGCUGCUGUCCACGUUCUCUACAGCCUCUGUCUGCCCAUGAGGAGAUCGGAGAGGUACCUGCUGCUCAACACUGCCUACCAGCAGGUCCAUGCUAACGUGGAGAAUGCGUGGAAUGAGGAGGAAGUGUGGAGGGUGGAGAUGUAUGUUUCCUUUGGGAUCAUGAGUCUUGGGCUCCUGUCACUUUUGGCCAUCACCUCCAUUCCAUCCGUCUACAGCAUGCUCAACUGGAGGGAGUUCAGCUUUAUACAGUCCACUCUUGGCUACAUUGCCCUGCUCAUUGCCACCUUCCAUGGCCUGCUGUUUGGCUGGAAGCGGGCCUUUGAGGAGGAGGCCUACCGAUUCUACCUGCCCCCCAGCUUCGUGGUGGCCCUGACCCUGCCGGUGAUUGUGAUACUAGGAAAGGUGAUGAUUCUGCUUCCCUGUGUUGCCUGCAAGCUCCAUCGGAUCCGCCGGGGAAUGGAUAGCUGUCAGUACCGGUGCCAGCGCCUGGAGCCAGUGGGUUCAGCUGCCCAUGUUUCACCUGAGAGAGUCACCAUCAUGUGAUCACUGCAGCACAUAGCUAUCUGCUCCUUUACUUAGGGUUUCACACAUACUGCCACAUGCCAUACAAACAAAGACUAUUUACUCAUGUGAUGAAAAUGCAAUAUUGUUCUCACUUUGUUAUUGAUAACAGUGUUUCGUGACAUGUGAAUUAUGUACUUGUGUGAUUGUGUUCCAGAUGUUUGCCCAAACUUUAAAACUGAAUAUUAUUUCCUUGACAUUGUCCUAUCAAUAUGCUCCAAGUACCUGGCAAUAUUUCACCAACAGUUUCAUGUUGAGUACACUCAGAUACACAUUAGUCAUUAAUGAAAAGGGUAAGACCAACAUUUUUCCACAUAAAGGUAACUUUACAGGUUCUACAGGUACUACUUAUGAAAGCAAUAGUGUGAACAAGUCUGAGAAAGUAACCCCAAUGAUGUCAUAGGGUGGAGAUAAGAGAUUUAACUCAUGAAAUCUAUUUGUCUACCAGGCAGGGAUGUUUAAUGAAAAGACACUUCUGAGUCUCUCUUCUGAUCGAGUAACUGUUUUCUGAGUGAUAUAUGGUCCUGUCACAUGGUAAAACAUCAUAAUCAACACCUGUUAUUUAAUACAACAAAUGGAAACAAUGGUCAAUGCUAAGAAAAUCAGAUAAGACGUGGAUAUCUCCCUUUUUACAAAUUUGCAACUUUUAAGACGUUAAGACUUAAGACUUUUUACUUUUAAGGAAUACACAUGAAUAGCUGGGUUCUUCUGUCCAUGUUGUCAGGUCAACAAGAAACUCGAAAAUGCAUCAGUGUUCAGUAUGUUAGUCCUGUAACAACCUGGUGACAACAUGUAUUUUAUACUUGAAGGUUGACACAUUUCUUUAAAGUCAUGUUUUUCAUUCUUAAAGCCUAAAAAACAAUUAAAUAAACAAUUAUGUGUAAGUAACUUAGAAGAAAUCCUUAGUUUUUUGUUUGUUUAUUAUAUCACUCUGCUUAAAAUUUUUCUAAAUUUUACAAAGAUGUUUCAUAACACUGUCAAAUGUUUUAAGGUAUUUGUUGAUUGUGCAUUAUCACUAUGUUGUUAUGGUUUUUCUGCCUUUCAUGACUGUGGUACUAUACCAGUGAAUAUUGUGUCUAUCUGUCAUGUUCUAAUUUAUGAGAUCCAUGGCUUUGAUUGACGAGUCAUGUUUGUACACACUGCAUCUUAAUGGUGAAGAUAUUUUGGUUGCCUGCAAUGUAGCUUAUCUGCCAGUACAAUUACAUUAGCUUAUAGAUAUAGUCAUGCUGCCUUGUCAAAAACAGUGUCAGGUCAACAUCUUCAUACAGGUAAGAUCUGAUCAUUUUCACUGUAAGAUGUGUGACUUUUCCAUCAGCGCUUUUGGGCGUAAUUCUGAUGAUAAUCUGUUCUGUUCAAUGUGCCUAUCAAUUUGAAUAAAGUAUGUCACCAAAAUACUAACAGCAUUCAUCAAAACGUGAUGUUCACUCCGGUGGAUCAUCCACCUAAAGCAUUUUUACAUCUGGAUGUAUAUUCUCUGCCUUGAAAUAAGUCAAAAAGCAUUGGCUGACUUGCUGUAGUACAGUACCAAAUGUUUUAGAGCCUGUUCUUGUCAUACAUUUUUAAUCAUGUGCAGCUUUGAUUUAGCUUUUUGGCUAAUACGCACAUUACGGCUGACUGUCAAGUUUCAAGUUUAGUCAUGAAAUUCCAGCGACCUCAAACAAUAA